GAUCCGGCUCAUAAUCCAGAACAUAACUUGAGCACGCGGGAAUUGUCUUAGAUAAUUGAGAAGUAAGGGGAAAACAAGGUAGAAUGUCCGUAUCUCAGGUCAUACAGUCACAUGGUCAUCGUGUAAAUGGAUUUACACGAGAUGAUAAGGAGAUGACUCAAUCAAUCAGAUAUGCAUCGGCUAGUGAAACUGGUCUCGAUGGACCUGAUCAAGUGCUACCUGCGGACACGGAUACUACAUGUAACGUCGACGGCAAAGUACGAAUAAAGUUAGAUAGCAAUGGACCUAAUUCAUGCAUGCCCUUAUCAAUCCCUGGAGUUUUCAUGAAAACAGUAAAACUUUAUCCUGAUCAUAUAGCGAUAGUCUCUAAACCUGAUAAUAACGGCAAAAGAACCAUGUACACUUUCCGAGAAUACGAGUUUAUGGUAAGAACCGUCGCAAAAGCAUUUCUGAAGCUGGGUUUGGAGCGAUAUCAUAGCGUCUGUAUAAUAGGAUUCAAUAGUCCGGAAUGGUUCAUUACAGAACUUGCGACUAUAUACGCUGGUGGAUUGGCUACAGGGAUUUAUACUACAAAUUCUCCAGAGGCGUGUCAAUAUUGUGCUGAACACAGUCGGGCAAAUAUAAUAGUUGUUGAAGAUGAGAAACAAUUGCGAAAAAUCUUGCAAAUAAAACACAAUUUGCCUCACUUGAAAGCAAUUGUUCAAUAUGAUGGCAAACCAAUCGAAAAGGAUAUUUUGAGUUGGGACGAUUUAUUGAAUAUAGGUAAAGAAGAAUCGGAGGAUAAAUUGUUAUCUGUAUUAAAGACGAUAGGAGUAAAUGAAUGUUGCAUUUUAGUGUACACGUCGGGAACAGUUGGAAAACCAAAAGCUGUAAUGUUAAAUCAUGAUAAUAUAUUACACUGCAUACGGAUACUUACACCAAUAUUACAAAUAAAAGACAAAUCAGAAGUUAUAGUUAGCUACUUGCCAUUAUCUCAUGUUGCAGGACAGUUAAUUGACAUCAUAGCAAACAUUAUGAUAGCGACCACAGUAUACUUCGCAGAUCCAGGUGCGUUAAAGGGUACUUUAAUAAACACGCUACUUGUGGCACAACCAACCAUUUUCAUGGGAGUACCCAGAGUAUGGGAAAAAAUAUAUGAAAAGAUGCAAGAGAAAGCGCGUAGUAACGGUAUAAUAAAAACUUGGAUUGCUAAAUGGGCAAAAGCACAAAGUCUUCAUUAUUACACGAAUAAAAUGAAUGGCAUAGAUUACAAACAUUGGGGUUACGUCUUUGCAAAAUGGCUUGUUUUCGACAAAGUCAAAGCAGCAUUGGGUUUAAAUAAGUGCCAUAUCUUCGCUACCGCAGCAGCACCCAUCAAUAUCGAUAUUAAAAAGUAUUUCUCGAGUUUAGACAUACCUCUAAUAGAGGUGUAUGGAAUGUCUGAAUGUAGUGGACCUCAUACACUAAUCGAUGUUAAAGAAUAUAGCCUGUAUGGUGUAGGAAGAACUAUACCUGGAUUAUAUACAAAAUUAGAUAACAUAGAUGAACAUGGUGAGGGAGAGGUUUGUAUGGGUGGACGACAUAUAUUUAUGGGUUAUUUAAAUAAUCCUGAAAAAACCGAAGAAGCCAAAGACAACAUCGGCUGGUUACAUAGUGGUGAUCUUGGCAAAUUCGAUUCGAAAGGGAAUUUAUCUAUUACUGGUAGAAUAAAAGAACUUAUAAUCACAAGUGGAGGGGAAAAUGUGGCACCAUAUAAUAUCGAACAGUCGAUAUUAUCAGAAUUACCAUAUUUAAGCAAUGCUAUGGUAAUUGGAGAUCAAAGAAAAUAUUUAACAGUCCUUGUCACGCUUAAGAGUAAUAUGGAUGAAGAAACUGGGGCGCCAUUAAAUACGUUGACGCUAGAUGUAUUAAAAUGGACACAGUCUAUCGGUAGUAGUGCCAAAACGGUUACUGAAGUCAUAAGCUCUCGAGAUGCAGCCAUAUACGAAGAAAUCAACGAGGCAAUUAAGAGAGCAAAUAUACAAGCCAUAAGUAAUGCUCAAAAAGUACAGAAAUUCGAAAUUCUUCCUCAUGAUUUUUCAAUUCCAACUGGCGAAUUGGGGCCCACGUUAAAGCUUAGAAAGAACGUUGUUCUGAAGAUGUAUGCUGAUUUAAUAGAUAGAAUGUACGAAUAAACUAUAAACGCUACUUAAUAAACUCUGAUUAACAGAAAUAUU